CCCCUCCUCCCCCAGUUGAAUUCCAGGACCAGGUGGGUGUGUGAUUGUUGAGAGGGAGGGAGGAGGAGGCUGGUUUUGUUGAGGUGCACCUGAAUCCUGUUAGACUAGUUCCAGCAGGAAAAGGAAGUCUGCACUCGACCUGAGAGGGAAAGUAAGAAAGGGGCCAGCUUCCAUCAACAAACAGCGUCAGCCACACUGCACAAGAAAUGGGGUCUGAGGGAGAGAGCUACUUUGGAAAGCAUGGAGAACCACAGAAAUAUGACCCAACGUUUAAAGGUCCAAUCCACAACAGGGGCUGCACGGACAUUGUCUGCUGUAUUCUCUUCAUUGUCGCAAUCAUUGGAUACUUUAUUGUGGGGAUUGUGGCCUGGUCUCACGGAGACCCGAGGAAAGUGAUCUAUCCCACUGACAGCAGGGGGCAGUUCUGUGGGCAGGCUGGCACCGAACUCGAGAAGACUCCCUUCCUGUUUUACUUCAACAUCAUGAAGUGUGCCAGCCCCCUGGUGCUGCUGGAGUUCCAGUGCCCCACGACCCAGAUCUGUGUGGAGAAGUGCCCGGAUAAAUUCAUGACGUUAUUGAAGGCGUUUGCCAAUCCCUCAGACAUGGACUAUUACAAGAAGUUCUGUAAGCCUGAGUUUGCUGGCAUGACCAAACUGAGUGCUCCGGAGGUUCUUCGAGAUGGAUACUGUCCAGCCAUGCUGAUUCCCAGCAGACCAUUCACACGCCGCUGUUUCCCGGCUCUCCGGGCUAAGAAAGGCGUGAUCACCGUCAAUAACCACACCACGUUCGACGACGGGAUGGGGGAGAGACGCAACGUUACAGAUCUGCUCGAGGGGGCCAAGAAAGCCAACGUGGUGCUAGAGGCCCGUCAGGUAGCCAUGAAGAUAUUUGAAGACUACACUGUGUCCUGGCACUGGAUUCUCCUUGGCCUGGUCAUCGCCAUGGUGAUCAGUCUGAUCUUCGUCGUGCUCCUGCGCUUCCUGGCUGGAAUUAUGGUCUGGGUGAUGAUCGUGCUGGUCCUCUUGGUCCUGGGUUAUGGGAUAUUCCACUGUUACAUGGAGUACGCUGCUCUGAAACAAACCCCUGGGGCUGACGUCAGCAUCAGAGAGCUGGGCCUGCUGACCGACUUCACUGUGUACCUGCAGCUGAGACAAACCUGGCUGGCUUUCAUGAUUAUCUUGUGUAUCAUUGAGGUCGUCAUCAUCCUGCUUCUGAUUUUCCUUCGCAAACGGAUUGUCAUCGCCAUAGCCCUGAUCAAGGAGGCCAGCAGGGCGGUCGGUCACGUCAUGUGCUCCCUGAUCUAUCCCCUGUUGACCUUUGCCCUCCUGGCUCUCGUCAUCGCCUACUGGGCCAUCACCGCGGUCUUCUUAUCCACCUCCAACGAGCCUGUUUACAAAGUGUUUCCAAACAACACGAACAACGAGUCAUCGUGCAUCUACUCCAGAAAAACAUGCGACCCACAGACUUUCAACACCACCAACAUGACGAAGGCGUGCCCGGAUGCGAAGUGCUUGUUUGCGUUCUACGGCGGCGAGACGUACUACCACAAGUACCUCAUCUUCUUCCAGUUCUACAACGUCUUCCUCUUCUUCUGGUGCGCCAACUUCGUGACGGCCCUGGGGCAGGUGACGCUGGCAGGAGCCUUCGCCUCCUUCUACUGGGCCUUCAAGAAACCCGACGACAUGCCCGCUUUCCCCAUCUUCACCUCGCUCGGCCGGGCGCUCAGGUACCACACGGGGUCGCUGGCGUUCGGAUCGCUCAUCCUGUCUAUUGUGCAGGUCAUCAGAGUCCUGCUGGAAUACCUGGACCACAAACUCAAAGGUCACCAGAACAAGUUCACCAAGUUCCUGCUGUGUUGUUUGAAGUGCUGUUUCUGGUGCCUGGAAAAGUUCAUCAAGUUCCUGAACAGAAACGCCUACAUCAUGAUCGCAAUCUAUGGAAAAAACUUCUGCACCUCUGCUAGGAACGCCUUCUUCCUCCUCAUGAGAAAUAUCGUUAGGGUUGCGGUUCUGAACAAAGUAACAGAAUUCCUGCUCUUCUUGGGGAAGCUUCUUAUCGUCGGAAGUGUUGGGAUCCUGUCUUUCUUCUUCUUUUCAGGGAGAAUAAAACCCAUUGAGGACACCGCCCCAACACUCAACUACUACUGGGUCCCUAUACUGACGGUGGUGAUCGGGUCGUACUUCAUCGCUCACGGCUUCUUCAGUGUCUACGGCAUGUGUGUGGACACGCUGUUCCUGUGUUUCUGCGAGGACCUGGAGAGGAACGAUGGCUCCGAAGAAAAACCGUACUACAUGUCCAUGGAGCUCCAUGACAUCCUGUCUAAGAGCCACGUCCUGGAGACUGAGGACAAGAGUACAGAAACCCAGGAGUAGCGAGGAUAGGGAAAGAGAUAGGGAAUGCAGUGCUGCCCCCUAGAGGACUGGUGGUGUAUAGAGGUCUAUAGGAAAGAGAACUCCACUCAACACUGCAGAGCUGUAUAGAGGUCUAUAGGAAAGAGAACUCAACACUGCAGAGCUGUAUAGAGGUCUAUAGGAGAGAGAUCUCCACUCCACACAGUUCAUCUCUAGUCAAGUUUACAGAACUGCACUGCAGAUGUUUCAGAAACACAACCGGUGCUGGAUUUGCCCUCAUGUAACAUUUCCGUGAAUCUCUGUAUAAGAGACUGAAUCUCUGCGAGGUGAUGCUGCUGUACAGUAACUGCGUGUUUAAAACACUCUGGCUCCACUGCCUCUCUUGCCUAUUACGAUGCUAACCCACUGACUGCUGUUUGUGUAAAGUGGCAAAAUAGUUGUCUGAUGUAGUCUGCUUUCAACAUUUAAGUGUAAUGCAGAGAUUAAUCAUGCCGGAGGGGAUUUUAACUAGUGUUCUGUUGUUUGACAAGAUAUUUGAACGCUUAGUUGGUCUCUAGUGACUUUCUUACCCUAUAUUGUGUAUUCAUAAUUAUGAUGAAGGACUGUUAUCUCCCAGUGUAUCCUGGGUUUCUCCUUGCUGCAGUGCCACAGUGCCAUCUACUGGUCGGAAUUUACUGUACCGCCAGAUCUGUGCGAUUCGUAACCACACCCCAAACCCCAUUACUUUGUUGGCUCUUUGUACCUUAAGUGGUCAUUGGGAUUACUGUAGAUUGAAAUCCCAGUUCUUUAGAUCAUGUAAAGAGCCCGUGUUUCUCUUGACAUGUGAGUGAAGGAUUGCACUGCAGAUCAGCACUGUAUACUUAUUUAUAGUGUAGAAAACGGCUUCAAAUCUCAAACAGGACUUCCCCUAGCGUGAGCUGUCAGGAUGAGAAUUAAAGGAUCUGUCUGUACACGGACCUGUGCUGUAAUGUGCCUAAUAUGUAUUGUAUCAAUUUGUAUCCAGUCACUGUAUUAAUGUGUGCGAAGAUAGUACUGCCACUGCUUUCAUUGUAAUAACACUAUAAUGAGGGAUCUGUCCUUUUUUAAAUGUUUUACAAGCGGCUCUGGGUUUCUCCAGCAGUGAAUUAUUAUAAUUUCUCUAAAUGUGUCUAAAGCUUGUCUGGAGAAUCCUAAAUGCCGGGACUGAACAGCCUUCCUCGGUCCAUUAAAAUCAUGCGACCUGUCAGCUGUCAGUCCCUCCCACUGUGUCUGUAUCUCUGGAGCAGGUGGGGCUGGCAGAGUUGUCACAUGAUUUAAAUUGAAUGAGGCAGGCUGUUCGGUCCCGGCAUUCAGGAUUCUCCAGACAAACAUAUUAAAGCCAAGUAAAAUCAAUUUGAUAUCAUUAUUAGAACUCAAUAUUGGAGCAUCAUAACCCAGAACCACUCGGAACAAAAUUAAUGAACCCCUUGAGGUACACAAGGAAUCGAGCGCACGUUCAAAUGGUUUCUUCUUGAAAUCCAUUUGAGAGCGACUCGAGCAUCGCAAGGAGGACACUGACCGUGUGGAUGACCAGAUCCAUCCUGUCAGUACAUUUUAAACUCUGUUUCGUGCUCCUUGUACCUUUUUUUAAGGGUUUUAAAAACAAUUAAAUACACUUUUAAAUGGGCAACUUUAAGCAGCGGUCAAUGUGGUUUUGUCCACGGUCUUCGGUCAACGAAAUAAAAAAAACCCAAAUGCCUUGCUGGGAAUCCAGA